UGUGAGAAGAAUGUUCGCAAAGGCAAUAUCGCAUCUGUGGCAAUGGCAAACCAACACUAGAGAUGCUGUAGUCACAAAGACUUGAGAUAAUGCAGAUGGGUGAAGGUUAUGAUCCUGACCGUUUCUUUGAUCGAGUUCUUCAUGGUUUUAAAUGCUGCAUUUGUCAGUGUGUGUUAAACGAGCCACGAUUAUGCCAGGCAGAAGAACAUAAAUUUUGUUUAAACUGCAUAUCUCAACAUCUUCCUAAUUCCCAGACAUGCCCAGUAUGUCAGCAACCCCUCACUUUGGAAACUUUAAAAUGUCCUGCAAAAGAAUUUAAGAACGUGUUAUCAGAGCUGAGAAUUAAGUGUGAAUACAACAAUCGAGGGUGUCCGGAACAUGUUGAGCUUGGAAAUCUACAAAAUCAUGUGAAUAAUUGUGAAUACCGUCCAGUAACGUGUGAAGAGUGUCACCUUGAAGUAAAUGCAAAAGAUGAAGACAACCACAAGAAGAGUUUCUGUCAGCUUGGUGGAGCCAAUAUUCAGGGUUUAAAAGAUAUCAAACUGCGUCAAGAAGAAAUGAAAGAAGAUUUCACGAUUAUCAGAGCAAGACAGAAAGAAUUCGACGAUAAACAAAAGGAACUAGAAGAAACUCAGGACGCGUAUGGACAGAAGGUAGAUGAUAUUGACCGUGAUUUGGAUGAAAUGGAGGGUAAUCAGAGAAGACAGAAACGGAAACUGGAAGAAAUCAUCGAUAAUUGUGAACAAAUUUUUACAAAAUUGAAUAAAAUUGAGGAUUAUCAGAAUUUACAAAGGCAGGAACUGAGUGAAGUCACCAAUAGUUGUGAAGAAAUUCAGACAUUCACGAAUACAGUUCAAGACGAAAUGAGAAGCGAAGUGACAGGAAUUAACGCACAAGUAAAGGAAAUUAAGAAAAGGGUGAAAGAAUCGGAUCCUUACAGAAAUGAAGCGCGAAUUAUGUUUCUUGAAAUGGCAGAAAGAAAUGAACGCUUUAAGACAUCCCAAGAUAAAUUGAAAACGCAGAUGCGUGAAAUGGAAGGAAGACUAAAUAGUAUCGAGACAAAUGUCAACAAACUGACAACGUCUCAAGCUGAGCUGUAUAUUCAGCAUCUUCAAAUGGCAAGAAAACAAGAUCAAAUCGAAGUGAGACAAGAUGAGACGAAGAAAGCUCUUGACGAGAUGAAAAAAACCCAAUCAGGAAUUAACGAGAAAGUUGAGGAAAUGGAGGUGACGAAAGAGCGACUUGAAAGAGUUGAAGAAUUAUUUCUCAAUCAUUUAUCACAAAUAGAUAUUAACACUGUUCACAAAAAUAGUGCUCAUGCAAUUGACCCCACAAUUUCAGCCAAGAAACAAGACGUUAUUAUCAUUGGCGGUGACUAUAGCGAUGAAGACAUCCGUCCUUUGGAUACUGUUGAAAUAUACAGUAUUGCUGAGAAAAAGUCUAUUAUGUUUCCAAGACUCAAUAAUCGCCGAAGUAAAACAGCAUCGUUUGUUCACAACAAUAACGUCCUUGUCGCAGGCGGUGUGGGUGUGGAUGAUGCCAUUGACACAAUAGAAGCGUUAAAUAUGAAGCAGUGUCCUUUGCGAUGGACAAUGUUUGAUGGUAACUUGCCGGCAAAGUUAAGAGGCCAUGCCGCCCUUGUUUAUGAAGAUAAAUUGAUUUCUAUUGGCGGAUUCAACGAGGAUGAAAAUAUGAUAUCUGAUGCCAUAUACCAGACUGCUCUUAUUCCGCCUCACACGUCGAGGUUGCUGACGAGAAUGAAAGAGCCACGAUAUGAACACAGAGCAGAGAUAGUUAAUGGAAAGGUAUUUAUCUUGGGUGGAUCAACAACCGAGAGUUAUGAGGAUGCUACUGACGGCGUUGUUGUUUAUGAUUUGGUUGAGAAUAACUUUACGCCAUGUCCAUCGUUACCUAAGCCUGUUUUUGAAAUGUCCACAGUCAUUUGGGGUGAUAAGAUCAUCGUUCUCGGUGGUUUGGAUAACAAUGGUCGAAUAUUAGAUGACGUCAUCAUCUAUGAGACUGAGACGGGGCAAAGUAGGUGGCUUCCCUCCAUGAUUAAUAAAAGGAGCGGCAGUUGUGCCGUCAUCAUGAAUGACGUCAUUAUCGUGUUUGGUGGACGGAAUGAUGAGCAGGGAUGUCUCAACUCGGUGGAAACCUUUACCAUUGGUGGAGAUGGCUGGAAAGAACUGCCUAGAAUGAUAGAAAAAAGAUGGAAUGCAACCGCUGUUGUGAAACCUCACAUCUGA